GCGUACGGGACAUUCGUGUUUAUUCAAUUAGAUUUAUUUACAUGUAAUAAUUAACUUUUAAUGUAAUGACAUCAUCACCCCAAAAACAACUGGAAAGUGCUACAGAAUCUGUCCAAGUGAAUCUCUCGAGUUCUUUGGUCGCUAUGGACGUCGUUCAUAUUGAAAUGGCUCAACUCGAUACAAUAGAAGAAGAUGACCUUCCCCCUGAGCUCCCACCGAAAGCUUCAUCGCUCAUGAAGGAACUGCCAAGUCGAAUGGCGCGGCGAGCAACACUGGCUAACACUCGUCGAACAAGCGCCGCCGUACCAUCUCACUCAGGCGCUCUUCAUAGACGAGUUGCUUUCAAGCUCAAAAGCCGUGCCAUUAGAAGAAUUGAGCAAAUCGACAAUGUCGACGGAGGAUUUGAUGUACACCAUCCUGACUACGACGAAGAGGAUGAUCAAACAUUUCGGCCUUAUUUGUAUGAAUCGAUUGACUUCAAAGCCGUGCCAUUACCCAUGUCAAAACGUAGAAUGUUUCGCGACUCUUUGAAACUCAAAGGAAUAGCUGAUAUUUCUCGCUUCAAAAAAGCUUUGAAUCUCAUGCAUACGACGGGAAAGCGUUGCCAUUCAGGCCUUAAAGAUAUGCUUAAGAAUUGGGAACUAUGGAGAAGCGAUUUAAAGGAGGUUGAAGGGCAAUUUGGUAGUGGAGUGGUGUCGUAUUUCAGCUUUCUUCGCUGGCUUGUCUUUCUGAAUUUAUUAAUAUUCUUAUUGGAGUAUGGCUUCGUAGUAUUGCCGACAGUGAUUAUAUGCAAUGGCCAAUUAUCUGCUAACAACGUAAGCGGCUGCGGUUACGUAUUAAGUCCAAUUGACGUAAACGCUAACGUGACCAACGAUAACACUAACAUACUUUAUGAUGUACUAAACUUUUUUACAGGGGAGGGGUGGAUGAGGGAUACUUUGAUGUUCUAUGGUAACUACCCCCCUAAGAAGCUUGUCUCUGUGGAAGGUGUACGUUAUAAUUUACCAUUGGCAUAUCUGUUAUCCGGGGGGGCGUAUUUCAUCUUCAGUUUCUUCUUCAUGAUUUCCAACCUGAUGAGUAAUUUAAAGGAGAGCUACAUAGAAAGUGACGGCAUCUUUUCAUCUUCUGCUAAUAAGGUAUUUGCUGCUUGGGAUUAUUGUAUUUCGGAUGACAAUUCAGCAGAGCACAAACACGACGUCUUUGUACAAGAAGUCAACUCUGACAUCGCUGAGCAAGAACGGCAAAUAAGAAUCAAGAACCGUACUUAUAAAGAAAAGAUAAUUCUCUACACAAUAAGGACUGUCAUCAACCUCUUUAUUGUCCCAACCGUCUGGACGUCGACAUUUGUUCUCAUUUUUCAAGCAAUUUUGUCUGAAAAUAAUUCCAAAUCCACUACGAAAAGCGCUUCGAAGGUUCAACAAUUAAUCAAUCGAUACGGAUACGACUUACUCAUCGCACUCGCAAUCACAGUCCCGAACUUGAUACUUCCUCUAUUCUUUGAGUUUCUGUCUAUCUUUGAGGACUGGGGACGAGAUAUAGAGCUCGCCCUAAAUCUGUGGCGACGAGUGUUUGUCAAGCUUCCACCUCUCGCACUAUUAAUGUUCAUGCAAUUCAAGAAAUUCAAAGAUGAAAUCGACGACUUUGUUGAGGAUGGCAGCCAAUCAGCUUGUUCCACGUGCUGGGAGAAUGACGUAUCAGCGCAGAUGUACAUGUUAAUCUGGGUUGACUUCAUUGUGGUUGUCGUGACAACACUGGGUCUGGAGUCUCUUCGUAAAUUCCUCUUCCAACGAUGUCGAUGUUUUAGAAAGAUAGGUAUGCAGCAGUUUGAUAUACCUAGGAACGUUCUAGACCUUGUAUAUGGACAGUGCCUGAUUCUUAUAGGGACUUUCUUCAGUCCCCUGGUCCCCACGCUAGCCGUUAUUAAGCUGGUUAUUUUGUUCUACGUAAAGAAAGUUAGUUUGAUGCACAAUAACACACUUCCAGAUCGUCCAUACCAAAGCGCCAAGUCGAACUUUACAUUCACGCUUCUCUUGCUUCUCUCCUUCUUCAUGUGCAUAGCGAUAGUUGGGUGGGGCAUCACGAGGUUACCACCCUCCACGUGCGGUCCUUUUAGUAACAACCCAUGUAACGUCGAGGGUACCAUAUUUGGUGAACUGUCAGACGAAGUGAACACGUGGCCAAGAGUAAUCCAUGAUGCAGUGAGCAUGAUGGGAACUGCUGCUAUACUCAUUCCUGUUUUGAUUCUCUUCGUUGUUUGUUUGUAUUAUUAUAGAUCGGUUGCACGUGCUCACCGCGUGGUCAUUCGUAUGCUGAAAGAACAUUUAACGUUCGAAGCCAAGCUACAGCGCUCUUUGCUUAAGAAACUAGAAUCACAGGCCACUUAUGAAAAACACGAUUGUGCCGAUCAUGGUAAAUAGGUCGAUGUGUAACAUAUGCAGUCUAAAGCGUACGACAUUGUCUAUCAUUUCAUUUAUAGGAAAUACUAAAUACUUUACCAAACGUUUAUAAUAUAUGAAAUGGUCCAUAUACAAUUGAAAAAUUGCUCUUUUAAAAAUUUUUCUAAACUUUUGCAUUAGAACCACUG